AGCAAACAUUUUGACGGGUCUGGCUUUCCCCCCGCUGGAUUUCUGGAGUCUCUACCCCCCCUACCCCAUCCCCUUUUCCUCCCUUCUUCUUCCCACCUCCCCCCUCUCCUCCGCCGAGUCCUCCCCUCUCUGGGCGAACCUCAGAUCCUCAACAUCUCCCGUGACGGGUAGUGGUCACGGAAACACAGAGCGAGCAGAGGGGAGAGCCGCUGAGGAGGGGGAAACGUGCACUAAGCCAUUUUCUUGGAGGAGCCAGUGUCGUUGAUGGGAAGAGGAUGCAUUGCGGGCUGCUGGAGGAGCCUGAUAUGGAUUCCACAGGUCAGUCCUGUUCAACUCUUUUCCUCUCUGACUGAAAUCUCCCAUCUGUUCAGGAACGGUGUGAGAGCAUCUGCUGCUGCUGAAACUUUCUCUGAACUCACUCAGUAACAGUGUCAGGAUGCUCAACUGCUGAUUUAGUUCGUUAUUUCAGCUUUUUCUUUGUGAUUUCUCAAAGUUGUUGAGUUUUUCACUGAUGACAAGAAUUGGAGAGACAUAUUUAUCUGAAGAACUGCUUUGCCAGUUUUGUCUUGAUCGAGAAAAAGAGACAGAAACAAGAAAACAGAUCUUAAAUUCUAAUCCCCAACUAAUUUCAAAACCCACAUUUUUAAUUAAGACUGACUCUUUGAGACUGUUAUUCACCGACUGCACUUCUUAUUUUUCUGCUUUUUGAGACUAGCCUUUAAAAACAAGGAUUGACUCAACUUCAGAAACUGAGUUUUGAAGUAAGAUAUUUUAAUAUCUCUUGUGUUUUUCUGAAAAAUUAACGCUCAGUGACCGAUCUGAUAAAAGUUUGUUUACUGCCGAGAAGUGAUUCUGUUCACUUAAAUGUAUAAAUCUCUGACAGUGAGGGAAAAAAAGUUAAUUAUUCUGGUGCAGCAAAGAUAGUUUAACUCUGAACGUGUAAUAAUAAACGAGCGAACAUCCAUUUUACUUGCUGACCAGAUUUAAUCCAAUUAUUUAGAUCCCCAGUUUAUCUGUUCUUGAGGCAAAUGAAGCUUGAGAUCUGAGCCUGUGAGGAGAAUUAGCCUCACUUCAGUGGGCUCAGUUUUUAAUUUCCAGGGUCUGCUUAUUUUAAGUUUUUUUUUUUUUCCUUUUCACUCGCUUUCUUCAAGUUUACCAAACAAACACUAUCAGAAGAAGAGGAGACAUGGCGCUGACAGUGGUAGAGUUUGAUUAAAACAGGCAAAUGCACAGGUCUUAGCUUGAAACGGUGUAGAAAGCUGAAUCAUUUUACAAGCUUGUGCAGAACUUUUAAUCUCAGAGUGUUUUUGCGUAAAUACAACGACUUCACUGAUCAUUCAAGAGUUAAAAACAAUAAAAACAAAUUAGCUCUGUGUCUGUCUCUGGAGGUUUUUCUGUAGCCUGUUUGUUUGCACAUGCUGCAACAACAGGUAGUCCUGCCAGCAGUCUGUCCUAGCAGGAGAAAUUUUCAUGGUUAUUGUGGUCAGUUUAUACAAAAAAAAAUAAUUGCAAACUGAUUUUUAGGAAGUACGAUAGAGAGAGGCAUUUUAUUUUGAUGUACAGGUGAACAUAGCUGGUUAAGAUCUUAACUUCAGAAUCUUUUAUGAGCAGUCAGUGCUUCUUUUUUUGCUGUAAUGUAACCAGUUAAAUGGUUUUAAUACUUUUUAUCCACCAAAAUUUGAAGAAUGUAAAAGUUUUGACUUUAUUCCUCUGUUUUGGGCCUGCAGUUCAUAGUUAAAAAAGCAGCUUUGAUAGAAAUUGAAAGUCCAGUUGUCUUUGCUGCACCUAAAUCAACAGGAGGGUGGUCAAUCAUGUUCAGUUUCCUUCUUAAUUAAUUCAUCAAUUGACAAAUGUAGAAAAUUUCAACGUAUUUCAGCUCUAUUUGUCAGGCUGUCUGGAGAUGAAAGCUUUGGUGUUUUGCUGCUGCUCUGUUACAAAAAGAACACCAGUUGAGCUUUUUCUAAGUAGAAAUUAAAACAGGACAAUGGCCUCUAUUCCAGCAGACUGCUUCAGUAAUGUGCACAGGCUCUUUUAAGCAAGUGUGUACGCUCGUAGUCCCCUGGGAACAAAGCUGGUUUCCUGCCGUCCUGCUGAAAACAUCUCAAAUAGAGCCAUGGCCGCCACCACUGCCCAUACAAUCAAUUGUUGUCAGCUCGGCCUGUCACAUUAGCGACAUUUAAAGUGUCCUCUAUAGGCAGUGAUUUGCACUGUUUAUGUAAAUAACGUCUCAGUUCUUUUCUACUGAAGGACAGAAUGAGUUCAAACCAGAAAAAAAAGAGAAAAAGAGCUUUUAGAUUUUAGUUUCAGCAGAAAUUACAACCCAGUGGCUUUAAAAUGGUCACUCGUCAUGCAGGUUUGAAAAACUGAUUCUCUCAUUAAAAGAGCAGAAGACGUUUUAUAUCAGAGUCAGAUGGCUCUAAAACUACAAGUUUCAACAUUAGUGACACGAAAGGCUCAAAGUAAAAUAUGAAGAGAAUUUAAAAAAUGCAAAGAAACUGUCUUGGAAAAAGAAUAGCAAGAAGGGUUCAUGAAUUAAUGUCAAACGACAUCAAAAUUUACAGCACUACUGUGUCAAUGAUUUUGGCAGAUUUCUAAAUUUCAUAAGUUCAUCUUAAAAUUUGACAUGAAACAGUUUUUUUUACAGGCAGUAAAAAGUAGAUUUUGUCCUGAUCUGUGAUCCAUCAUUUCUCAUUUAGAAAGUUGGAUUGAAAGAUGCCUCAACGAGAGUGAGAGCAAGCGGUACUCCAGUCACACGUCUCUGGGGAACAUGUCCAAUGAUGAACGUAAGCAGAACAAAAACGCUGUCACACUUCAGGAGACCUGCAGACUGUUUUUGCUUGUUUCCCAGACCUCACUGGGAAAAAAACAACUUUAAGUUUAAAGCUGAAAACUACAAUGUUGUUAUUACAAUGAUGUAUAAAUGUAAAACUUAGUCGUAAACAUACUGAUCGUAGUUUAUCAUAUUAAUACGUGUGAUGUUUUAAGUCUCUGAGAGUUUUUCUUUUAAUUUUCUGUGUAAGUCUGUUUCAUAUAGACUUUAAUUGGUGCCACUUACCUGAAAAUGAUUUAACGGCACUGUAAAAUGUAAAAAUCUUUGAUUACAGAUGAAGAAAAAGAAAACAACAGAGCCUCCAAACCACAUUCAACACCAGCUACUCUGGAAUGGUAAGUAACCAGAAAACGUUAUUCGUAUUUCUUGUUGUCUGGGUAAAAAUAGAGAGAAAAAAAGUCCACAUAUGCAAAAACCUUUGAAAAAUGUCACAAUCAAAUACUAAUAUUUUGUGUUGCAGCAGUGAAGCAUAUCGCUGACAACAGCACCAGAAAAACAAAAAAUUUAAAAAUAGUAGAAAUAUACAAGUUUUCAAAGUUUGUUAAUUACUUUGAUUUGACCCAAUUGUUUAUUAAUUAGAAGAAAAAAAAAAGAUUAUUUAAAUGAGGCAAACCCAACAUUUUUCCUGUGUUGCCGCAGUUUCUUUAAAAGCUGGUCUGUGCUGUAAAAGGUUUGAAUCUAGAGCUCAGAAAAAACUGUAACUCAGUCAGGCACUGCAGAAACGAAAAAGCAUUUAUGGAGGUUGAAUAUGUUCGUUUAAAUCCUGAUUUUGCACAAUAGAUCAGAUUUAAUUGUCUACACAUGGGAAUUUUGGCACUGCUAUUAAAUAAUAUCUCAUAAGACACACUCAUUACAUGUGAAACGUUCAAUAAUCUCCAGCUUCUGUUCAUAUCAGUGCAAACCCCUCACAUACCUCGACCUCACAAGAGAAACUUCAGACAUAAAUGCUGCUGGAGUUUCUACAACGCAAACACAAAGAAAUGCUGUCAGACCAGAGUUUACAUCUCACCUCCUCAUCAACAUUUGAUUAGCUUUAAAUGUUUAUACUAUAGUAUAGUGUAUGUUGUUGAUUGGCUUCUUCUUAAAACACCCUUAUGUGCCUUUGAUACGAUGCUUAUCAAAAACAACAGGACAAAGAUGUCUCCUCAGAUGUUCAAAAUGUGAUUUAUAACAGAAUGAAGGAGGGAUGUAAGAAGUAGUGAUCGAGGACUUAAAUCAGGUUAGUUAUGGCUCAAAAUCACAUGUAGAAAUUAAAUCACACUUCGCUUCUUUUUUCCUUUUACAUCUCAGGCUCCUUAAAAUGUCAGAUUUCUGUUCCCACCAACACAGGAGUUAACCCAUCCAUGAUGGUUGUAUCUGUUUUGUUCAAGGAUUGUUAGAUUUUUUUUAACAUAUGUAACAUACAUGAAUUACUGCCCAGAUCACAAUUUUUGACUCAUGAUGAAGUUUGAAAAAUGUUACCGUCACAUAUAACAGUGAGCUCUCUGUCACUGGAUAUAUUUUUCUUUUUCUGCUGUUUUGAUUAGGCUUUUUUUUCUGACAUGUGCAGAUGAUGCUUGUUUGCAGAAAUCAACUGAGUAAUGCUUUUAUAAAAAAAAAACUCUUUACGCUGUUUGGGAUAAAAACCUGAAUACUUGAGGAGAGCCACAAAGAUCCAUAAUUGUCUGCAAUUGUUCCUCAAAAAAGAAAACACUGUAAUGAUACUUUAAAUCAGCAACAAAUCUAGAGUUAUAUAUCAUUAUUAAUAAUAAUAAUAAUGGUGCAUUCUCAUGCUCAGAGAUUCAUAUUUAUUUUGACUAUAAGAGUUAAAUAUAAAAACCUAUUAAAGAUUUCCAGAGAUCUGUUUUGCCAACCAUUUUAAAAAUGUUUAUGUUGGUAAACACCAAUAACUACACCUUUAGCUAUUUAUGAUAGUAAGAAAUGGAGUCAAUGAAAAACGCGAUAAGACCUGAUCAGCUGAUUAGAGCUAUGUUUACCAGAAGAACAUCAAAUUUUGGGGGCAUUAUAGUUUUAAUUCAGCAAAAUCAAAAAAUUACAAUAAUAUAUAUAUAUAUAUUUUCAAAGUUUAAUUUAGAAAUAGAGUAAUCCAAUUAAAAAUGGAAAUUAGUAUUAUGUCUACAAAGGAUUUGCAUUGGAGGUGAGAGGCUAAUUGUAAAGGGGACCAAGAAUGAGCCCCUGAGGGACCCCACAAAAGGGAGGGAGAUGCGACAACCAGAGCUUCAUCACUCUCGAUUUAAUUUAGACGCAAAGACAGACAGCUGCAGAGUGUUAUUCUGUUACUCUUUAGAGAAUACAGUAGCAGCAAGUUUUACAUAAUGAUUUAAUUCUGUAUAAUUUUAUGAUGUCGAAGUCAUUGAUGAGUCCAGAUUCUGCGGAUUCCGCAGCAAAAUGGCAAACGACACAUAAAUGUCACAUACACUUUUCUCAAACAAGCUACAGAGUCUUUUCAAAUUAUUGUAAAAUGUAAAUAAAAUUAAUACAGCCACUUUUUUCUAAACAAAAGAUCUAAAUACAAGUAAUAUCAGUUUUUUUAAUGUAUAAGGUCUUCUCAAUACAGAGCUAGCAAAGCUGCAGCACAAAAGUACAAAAAAAGUACGUUUGAUCCAGUUUCAGUUUGUUUUAGAGCUCAUGCUUUACAUGUGAUGUGACUAUCAUAUAAUUAUAAAUAGUCUUUUUCAUUGCAUUGAUUCAUUUUGCUUUCAUACAUAUAUUCUUGUUCACAUUUACACAAUAAGUUAUCUUUUCUCCUGAAAUCAUCUGUUUCUUUUAUUUGAUCCCUUUUCAUAUUUCAAAGUGGAUAUUUUUCAGCACUGAUCAUCAACGUUUUCAUCAACAGGCUAGAAGAAAACUAUGAGAUAGCUGAAGGUGUGUGUAUCCCCCGAAGUGCCCUCUAUAUGCAUUACCUGGACUUCAGCGAGAAGCACGACACGCAGCCUGUGAACGCAGCCAGCUUUGGAAAGGUAAGAAUCAAACGUCAGCAGGGACGACAGCAGCUCAUCACUGAAAUUCAUGUGUCCAGUUCCUGACGUGUUCUGAAAUAACAUGAACCCUGUAACAUAUUUGGUAAAUGGUGCAGCUGAGUCAGUCGCAGAGAAACACGACUUCCUCUUUUGGUUUUUAAUGUUCUUUUACACUUGUGCUUCAAGUUUUGAGUGAUAGACUAAAAAGAAGAAGACAAUCAGCGGCAUUCACAUGAUGGUUACUGAAGGUGGUGAUAACCUCACUCCAGCCAUGAGCAUUUCUCUGGCCAUUUCAUGCCUGGAUUAGUUUCUGUGCUGCAGCGGCUCUGGCUGCUGUUGAAGUAAUAUCAGCUCAGCUCAGUGUGAAGCAUGGAAAGCUCUGCAGCCACUCACUGAACACAUAAUCUAGAGCCAAAGGAGAUGUGCUUUCGUCUGUUCCCACAACCCCAAGAAGUUCCUCAGCCUUCCUACCCCCAGCCAUCCUCUGUACCCUGGACUCUGGCCCCAGCCCCCCAACCCGGCUCUCCCUCCGCCCCUCUACAGCUCCUGUCGGAAGAUAUUGAAAAAGAGAAGGGGCCUGGAUUAAUGUGUAAUUAAAGGAAAUUUGGAAGGGUGAGAUGUUGCGGAAUGUUAGAUCAGUGGCUGGAGCAGUGUGGGGUGUCCUUUAGGAAGGCUUCAUUGAUUCAGGACAAAAAAACGAGAGAGGGCCCGGACUGCCUCCCUGUCUGCUCAUUUAUCAAGCGGGGCCUGACAGAAACUUCACAGCUUGGCCUCUUUUUUCAUCCCACACAAUGGAGAGCUACACUGUUUGCUAAAGUUUCUGCACCAGGAGCCGAACCAAGGAGCCAAUCUCUUUGGACAAAAAGAGAAGAAAGGAAGAAGGAGGUAGAGGAGAGGAGGAAGAGAUAGACAAAGAGGAAAGAAAAAUGUAAUGCCUCUGGAAAUCAUAAACGGACAGCUCUGAAAACUUUGUAUUCAUCACUGACCGCCCUGUUGAUAAAGCUAAAAUAGUUGUAUGUUUUUCUGCUGCUUUUCUUCUUGUUUUUCCUGCUCUGAGUGGCUGUGAAAAUUAGCGAUUAAAUGAAAGGUUUUUCUCUGUAGUUAGGGCACACUGAUAACUUUUUUUAUUCUUUCUAAUAAACAGAUCAUAAGGCAGCAGUUUCCAGCAUUAACCACCAGACGACUUGGAACUAGAGGGCAGUCUAAGUGAGUUUGUUUUGUCAUUGAAAACUUAAACAACACAUACCUGUCCAGUAUUCAUGACCUCGAACCCUGAAAACAUGAGCAGAAACAGGAUGGCCACACAAAAAUAUAUUAAAUACAAUUGUUUUCUAUAGUUUCUGCUUUUUUAUCUACUUAUUUUACUAAAAAUCUAAACUUUUUUAAACCUCAAAGAAGUUUUUCUAACAUUUAAUAGUAAGAUAAAUCUGUAAUUAAGGCUACAGAUUUUAAAAAGUGCACAAAUCUUUCUAUCUUGAAUCGUUUGUCUUUCCGUUUCAGUUUUCUCUAACCUCCACUGGUUUAUCCCCUCGUUUUACCUCAGGUACCAUUAUUACGGCAUCGCAGUGAAGGAGACCUCUCAGUAUUAUGACGUGAUGUACUCCAAAAAGGGAGCGGCGUGGGUGAACGAGACGGGGAAGAAAGAGGUCACCAAGCAGACAGUGGCGUAUUCACCGCGCUCCAAACUGGGAACGCUCCUGCCAGAGUUUCCAAAUGUCAAAGACCUAAAUUUGCCCGCCAGCCUGCCAGAAGAGAGGGUAAACAGGAGUGUUAAAAGUCCAUCCUUACAACCCCUCCCUCCUUCCACCUCUCCUAAACCAUCUCACCAUCCCUGCGCCCCCUCUGGCUCCGGCCUUUUAUCUGCCCCAGGACCUUCACUGGGUUUGCAUUUAGAGAGGGACCUUGAGGAUUUAUAUGCUGGCUCCUCACUAACUCUUAAUCUUUGGGGGGAGAUAAUAAGAUCUAGCAUUGGACAAAGGACAGGCACUAGCUGUCCAGCUUUUAAAGAGGGGCCAUGAUUUUAAAUGGUUUGUGUUCUGCUGAUCUCUAAAGCUUGCUUUAUAUGACUCCGCUCCAGCCCAGACCUGUUACAUGUAUUUAUUGGUUCACAUGCUUUGUGCAAGAUUUAUUUUCUUGUUUUUCUACCACUUCUUUUUUUUUAAGUUUCCCAAUUGAGAAAAAAAAUAUUUCAGUGUGUAAUGUAAUUUUUUUCUUUUUAACUCUUGUUUCUCACAGGUCUCGACUUUCAUUAUGAUGUACAGAACGCACUGUCAGAGGAUACUGGAUACUGUAAUAAGAGCCAACUUUGAUGAGGCAAGGUUUAAACCAUCCACACAUUAAAGUUGAUAAAAUCUGUUUGAACAAUAAACUUCCUCCUGUGUGUCAUAAAUUCCUUCAGCUGUACUUUUAUUCCCUGUUGUUUUAAAACGUUGUGUGUGUGCGGUGCUUUCAGGUCCAGAGCUUCUUGCUGCACUUCUGGCAGGGCAUGCCCCCCCACAUGCUCCCAGUCCUCGGCUCGCCCACGGUGGUGAACAUAGUCGGUGUUUGUGACUCCAUCCUCUACAAGGCCAUCUCUGGAGUGCUGAUGCCCACCGUCCUGCAAGCACUACCUGAUAGGUGAGCACAUGUUCACUCUUUAAACGAGCACAUUUAUUUUUUUGUGUGUGUCAGUACUAUUCAGUUUGUCACUGAUCUAACACUGAAACUUACACUUGUUUUUCUUGAGGACAUGAUAAAUGAAGGUAAUAAAAAGGUCGGUAGAGUUGACCUUUAAGUGAAUUGUGCCUCUUUUGACUUAAUAAAAUGUAUUAGUGUGUAAAAUAAAAGUGUUACAGCUUAGUUCCCACGGUUUUCCUUUCCCUGUUUUUAUCAGGUGAUGGAUGAUAGUAAGCUUGAGUGAUACUUCAUUAUCAAACCUUAGUGCACAACAGUAUAAAAUCAGUCAGUGAUGCUCUUUUCCCUCUUCUGCCCAGUUUGACUCAGGUUAUUCGGAAAUUUGCCAAACAGCUCGACGAGUGGCUUAAAAUAGCACUUCAUGACCUCCCUGAAAACCUGAGGAACAUCAAAUUUGAAUGUAGGUAUAAACUCUGCCGCCACUCAACACAAUCAUUUCCUCAUAGAGAGUUUGGAUGAUGACACUAACAGGCUGAACCGUGUGUUUUGUUUCCAGUGUCCAGAAGAUUUUCUCAGAUCCUAAAGCGGCAAACAUCAUUAAACCAUCUCUGUCAGGUGCCCGUCACGUACUGAAUGUGUUUUUAAUAAAAAUCUAUAUGAACAAACACAGCUGAUAAGCGAUAUGAGUAUGCUUGUGUGAGUAAUAUUGUUGAUUUAUCUUCCCCCAGGCAUCUAGGACAGUGAUAAACAGCGCCGACAUCACCUUUCAAAUGCUGGAGGACUGGAGGAAUGUGGACUUGAACAGCAUCACCAAGCAGACACUUUACACCAUGGAGGACUCACAAGAGGAGCACAGACAGCUUAUUAUCCACUGUAAGUGUAAACAUAACCAAACUACACUUUACAUCUUCACAAACAACAGAGAGAAAGAGUCAGAGAGAGAGACGGCCAUUCCCAUGACCAGUAGAGUCAAAGCACUAAAGAUGAAGAGCAAAAGGUUAAACAAGUUUUCUCUGCUCUUAAACACCCCACAGAGCAUCAACAAUUCACCUCCCACCUCUCUCCUCUGAAGCAGCCCUGACAGGUUCAGAGGUCACAGAUACAGAGAGGGUACAAAGUUAUUUGAAGGGACGCACUGAUACUGAUACUAAUGUUCAAGAUGAUUAUGAGCAAAUCCCAGUGUCGAUAUUUUCCUCUCGUUGAUUGUAAAUUUUCGGGCUUUGUCUUUGUUUUAUUAAAAUAAUUUAGGUUUUACUGGACAUCUGGACAAACUGUAAACCUACAAAAAAGACUGUACAGAGGGCCCCUGCUCUACUAACUGGACUAAACUGGCCCCCCAUAGAUAGUUUUUCCAGCUAAUGGUUAUUUCUUUUUUAAUUUUUGCUGUCAUUAAUUUCCUCAUUAGCUGGGAAGUUAACAUUUAUAUAUCUACAUUUUUCACCUUGGCCAAAAGCAAAAAACUGUACUAACUUUUCAUUAAUACAUCAAAACAGCACAACAUCUAUUUUUAAAAACACGCUGGUUUCAGUAAAUAUCAUAUUUUUGUUUACUGGCUGGUGUUGCAAAUGGGUGACUAUCAGCUGACACCAACACUCAGAUAUGUUGUUGAAACCCCACUUUCUUGCACCCAAAUGCCCCCCCUAUUUGAGGUGUUAUGUAAUCUAAUCUGUUUCCUCUGCUCUCACAGUGUAUCAGGAGUUUGACCGUCUCCUGGAGGAGCAGUCUCCCAUAGAGGCGUACAUCGAGUGGUUGGACUCAAUGGUGGACCGCUGUGUCGUCAAGGUUAGAGAGCAACCUGCUUUCAUUCACUGAAGGCGGCUGAAACUUUCUCUGACUCUGGACUUUUUGCAUCAAGUAUCUGUUUAGGUUUUUAUAUUCACUUGAUGCUGCGCAGUGGUUUUUAAGUCACAGUGAAGUGUUUGUGCAGCGGAAGUCUGAUUACUUAGCCCUUAAGAGACACCUGCUGCUGAAGUCCACUCGUCUCUGCGCUUCUUUCUCCUCAAAGGCACUUACGUUGCAAUCCUUCCAGUUAAUGAUGUCUUCAAGCUUCCCAUUUGCGUCCAUUAUGAGUCAGAUAUUGGCUUGUAAAAUUUGGUCGCCUUGGCAACGUCUUGGACUGGCCAGACAAUAGUUCAAUGGGAAGGCGUGUCCCCGGGGGCAAAUUAAAUAGUUGACUUGUUGACAUGUUUUUCGUUCCUGUGGGUUAAGCCCCAAUGCAGACCCAGGGGUUAAUUCUACCCCGGCAUCCCGACCCUUCCCCCUCCUUUCUCAUGGAAAUGUUCUCUCUAGGUGGCAGGGAAGAGGCCCGGGUGUCUGAAGAAGGUGGCCCAACAGUUCCUGCUGAUGUGGUCGUGUUUUGGUACCAGAGUCAUCCGGGAUAUGACCCUCCACAGCGCACCCAGCUUUGGUAAGCAGCUAAUGCUUUGUCAUCCUUUUUUAAUGCAACAGACGGAGAGUAGACAAGUCUGACGACACUGCAUCAUGAUAGAAAAUUAUUCAGAUUUUUAUAUGGGAUGGACUGUACACUUGUCAAAACCACAAACUGAGACAUUAUUUCCUCUGAUGUUCCUGCCCAAACAACCUAUCUCUAUUCUACUAUGUAUUUUAUUCUAUCAAUUCUAUUAAAAAGUAAUGUUGAGGCUAAAAAUAAGCCCACAAAAUAAAGCGAGAGUAGAUUUUUUUUGCAAAAGAUUAGACUUAAAAAAUUAUGUGUUGAGUCAUAUACCGGCUCAGAAGAUACAGAGUAAUCAAGUACUUAAGGAGUGACACUUUUAUAACAAUAUAUGUAUAUGUGUGUAUAUAUAUAUAUAUAUAUAUACACUACUUGUUACACGACAAACAGACUUGAUUUUUGGUUUUAAGUCGUGGAUCUCUUUAGAUCAAUGCUUCUUUUACACAUGCUGAGUAUUCUAAUGAUUACAUUACAGCCUGUAUAAAUACGUAUAGAAAUUUAUAUUCACCCAAACAAAUCAACAAAUAUUCAAAUGGAAAAAAAACCUCUGACUGGAGGUCAGAGCUGGUGCACACACUGAUUAAAUCCUCAAUGAUCAAGUGCCUCAAGCUUCGUUAUUCCUCCAGAGUAUGAAUUUAAAGUCUAAAAUAAGUGGAGGAUUAGGAGGGCAGAAAGAGUAAAAUGGCUGUUUUAAUAGCUGGUUGUGCCUGACUGAGGUUUGCACGACGUGAAAAGUUGUAAAGUUGAAAGAAAGGAAAAUGGCUUCUCUUCCCUCUCCUUAUGUCCUGUGUCUCUGUCUGUGAAUAUCAAAGACACAGCUGGUUGCAGUGUUUUGAUAAAGCAGCUCUCUGUGCACAAACAGCUAAUUAACAAAAGCCGCCCCUCCCCUCUCCCGAUGUGUUUGCCUGUCUUUUCCAUUUUAUGACCGGUCAGUAUUACGCCUCGCUCCCCUGAAUAGCCACAAGUGUUUAUUAUGCACACGGCGGCUUCAGCCACCCGCACAAUGACACAAUUGUGACGCUCCUUCAUAUGCCAAGCUCCCAUCUUCUGUGCGACCCUCAAGGUCAGCGGAUAUAAUUCUGGCACGGACUCUGUACACGGAAAACUUGGACUUGCUUCUGUUUUUGAUAACAGCAGCUGUCUUUUCAGUCUGCAGGAUGUGACGCCAUUACUCUGAUGCUUUUGGAAACACUUCAGUCCUGAUUCAUCAUUUGUGUCACUUUUAAACUUUCAUUCUUUCUCCUGGAGUUUGUUAAAAGUAAACCUCUUCAUUCCGACUGUCUGCAUGCAGGGUCCUUCCAUCUGAUCCACCUGAUGUUUGAUGAUUAUGUGCUUUACCUGCUGGAAUCCCUGCACUGCCAGGAGCGGGCAAAUGACCUCAUGAGGGCCAUGAAGGGGGAAGGCAGCACAGGUGAGACCAUUACCUGCAGGUUUUCAUUAUCAUUCGCUGCAAUAAAUGUCUUGUGCAUAAGUUUGUGUAUAAUUUUUAGAAACUUAGAUAGCUGUCAAAGUGCUUUUCAGGCAGAAAUCCCCCAAAUUAACUGGUAAUGAAUAUUUCAUGAUAGAUUUUUGGACAAACAGCAGGGUUUUUAUUGGUUGUUGGUAGACCAAAACUCACUAAAAACCUCAUAUUUAGCUCUGGGAUAUUGAAGGUAGACUGUAGUGGUAGAAUUUAGCAGCAUGAAGCAGAAGAGACUUGGCAGACACAGAAUCUGAAUUGGUGCAUAAUUAACUAAAAACAACUAUAAUUUAUUUUUAUCAACAAGCUCCAAGUGUCUGUCAUUGUGCACCACCGUGUUUCUGCAGAAACACAGAACAGUAAUGCUGAAAUUGUAUGUUUUUUUUCUUUUUUGUAUUUAUUGAGUGGCUGCAAAGUGCACCUGUUGCAAGUUGAAGAAGUAAAGAGUAGAUAUUUCAUGUAAUAUUUUACCUUCACAGUGCAUUUUUACUUGUCACUAAAUGAGAAGUCCUCCUACAGAAUAUCAAAAUACAUAAAUCAGACAUCUUCAGGCCCUCAGGCAGCACUUCUUUACAAACAGGCCUGACUCUGCUGUGGAAAUCCCAGCAAGGGCUCAGAAUCACAUCUAAAAACCAUUUGUGCACACAGUUUGUCACUUCAUCCACAAAUGCAGGUUUAAACUGUUCAGUGCAUAAAAGCAAAAUCAUUUAUAAACAUGAUCCAGAAAUGCUGAGACUGGGCUCAUUUAAGGUGGACUGAGGCACAGGGGACAACUUUCUGGUGGUAUGAUCGAUCAAAAUUCCACAUUCUUUUCUGAAAUCGUGGACAUGACGUCCUCUGCUCCAAAGGGGGGAGGAACCCCACAAUUUAAAAUUCUGCAUCUGUGACCGUACAUGGUCACAUAGGUUGUCACAACUGGGAAGACACCAUCAAUGCUGAACAACAUAUGCAGGUUUUGGAGCAACAUAUGCAGAUGAUGCCUCACUAUUUUUGCAUGGAUUACAACGGUGUGGCUCUGUAGUAGAGGAGUCUGGUUGAUGAACUUCUUUGUCACAUAUUGAAAACAAAGGAGACCCCCUGACUCAUAGAGAAGAAAUUUUAAUCUUUGAGGCUUUAAGCGUGAGUAAUCGUCUGUCCUGUGUCGACUCACACAGCAGAGAGAGAGGAGGAAUUCACUUUGACAGAGACCACGCCCACCUCCCCAUCUCCGGGAUCCUUCUCUCCUGCCCGCUCGGUGCACUCUGUGGGCGUCUCCUCAGCCAGCUCUCCCACAGCAGCCGUGUCCCCCGAGUACACUGGAGUAACCCCCACCACAGGUGAGCCGGGCUCCACAGUCACACUCAGAUAUGUUCAGUAUACAGAAGCAUGUGGUUCCUCUGGCCAACACAUGUGUCUGUGUGUGUGUACAUGUGUCUGCCAGGCGCUGUUCAGUCAUAUACCUGGUCCCUUACAUACACAGUGACAACAGCAGGCGGCUCCACUCCAGAGGCCGGCCAGCAGCUGUCCUGUAUGAGGAACAACACUCCGGUCCCUCCUCCCUCCUCCACUCACAGGAUGCCUGUCUACACGCACAGGGAGGAGCAUGGGUAAUUAUCAUUUCAGUAUUGAAAGCCCAAUUAAAGUUAAGAUAAUGUUUUAAUUAGUCUGAAAAGCUUCUGAUAACAUUUUAAACUUGUUUUCCCCUUCCAGGUACACUGGUAGCUACAACUAUGGCAGCUACACCAACCAGCAUCCUCACUCUAUCCAGAGCCAUUACCCCAGUCUGGCGCACGAGUCAACUAUCCCACCACCCCUCCACUACUCUGCCUACCACCGCUCGUCUGCACAGGUCAGUCCCUGUAAACUAGGGGUUCAUGGUGUUUUAAAAUCAAGUGAAAACUUUCAAACUUUUUCUAUAAAUGUGAGUGACAAUAUCACCUCAGACAAGGAAUAAAAAAAGGAAUGAUAACUUCCAAGGAAAAUUGACAGGUGCACCAUGGAGUGUGAUUGGUGCUUUCAACUGAAAUAAAUAACUAGGAACUGCAUCAGUUCAGGUAAAUGUGGUGGAGUAAAAAGUUCAAUAUUUCCUUCUGAAACUCCCGAUCAGACAUUACGAGAUUACUUUUCACAAAAUGAUGUAAUACUGUUUGGAAGGAGGCAGGACCAGAACAGCUCUUUGCUUCGUUUUGCCACUUCUGGAGUACACUAUGUGCGUUUUUUCAUGUAAUCUGUUGGGUACUUUGUCUAUGAGGAAACUGCUUUUUUAUUGCUCUAUGAGAGAUUUAACAGCCAAUAACAAAAUCAAAUACAAGUGCCUCAAACUGUACCCAAGAGAAGUACUUAUAUAGAGUGAGGACAGCGUGCAGGGAACUUCACUGCUUGUAUCCACAAUGCAGGGCAAUGAUCAGCUUAUCACUGUAUGUAAGCUAUUUAUAGAGGAAGAAUUUGUUAAGCCUAAUUUUGAAAGGAAAAGAUAUAAGAUAUAAUGUUUGUGGUUCAGGGUAAACUUAACAAACAUGGAAAAGAAUACCACAAAACCGUCUCAAAACUGGAACUGUACAGAGAGUAAAAAGAUGAUUCACACUCAGGGAAAAAAAUCACAAUAAGGCGCGAAGGCUUUGCUCGUGUAACAACUGGUGUGAGUUUAUUCUUUUGAUGGUAAUUUCCUGUCAAGGGCCCUCCAGCCUCCGCUUGCUUUAUAGUGGGAGGAGAUCAGCUGGGCCUCAGCGGUAGCAGUGUUUCUGAAAGUCCCCGAAUCACCCUCUCAACGCGGCGGAAGUGGACAGUGAAAGGUGGCUCAGCCGGGGCCAGGAGGGGCCCUGCUCUGUUUCUCCUCACUCUAGCUCUCAAUAGUCUCUUCAUGUGUGUGAGCCAGUAGCCACAGAGCGGGGCAAGGGGGCGUUUAUUAAAAUAUUGUUAUUCAAUGGUGUCUUUUCUGCUGGUGAACAAGAGGCAGCUGAGCCGUCUGUUCUGCUCUCUGACCUGCUCUGACUGUCCCUUUCCAUGCCGUGAUCCCUCAUAAAGGAAGCGACUGUCGUGUUUAUAUUUAGUGUGAAAAAGGAAAAGGGUCCUACUUCCACUUUUUUUUUCGCAGGCCUGUCUGAGAUAAAUCGGGCACAAUGCCUCUGCUCUGUCUAUGUUAGAGGCUCGGGACGGAGUAGAGCGGAGAUGGACAGAAUAAGCUGUCGGAUCCCAUCUGUUCAACACGUUUUUGUCAACAAGCAGAUCUGUUUGAGGCUGUUUUGGUUUGGUCACCACAGGCAACAAACAUGACAGGAGGAAAGGCAUUUUCAGCUGUUGUCUAAUUUUCUUAAGUGGCUAAAUUUUCUGUUUUGAUUAUUAUGGUGCAAAAUGUGAAGCAAUUUCCCCAUCACCAAUUACCAUCUUACUAUACUCAGCACACAGAGAUUCUCAGUACCAAAUCUGAUAUGAGCAGAACCUGUGAGGACACGGAGGUCAGAUCCUCAGCAGAUCAUUUAAACCGUCAUUUUAAAACUACACAUGAUGGGGAACAAGUGUCCUGAUGAGUACUUUGUACUCAGCAGAUUGAAACACCUGUAAAGUGAAUGUCCUGAGCUGAGUCCGUGCUGCAACCCUUUUCUUUUGCUAAGUCAUCACUUCUCUCUGCCUCCCAUAUUUUUGUCUCCCUUCGGAAUGAACAGAAACCAACAAAAAUAACCUGUAAAAAGUUCAACCCGCAGUCAGGAACUUUUGGCUUGUGUCAAAAUAUUAGUUCAGUUUGGCGUAAAGAUUCAAAGAAAGAGGAAAGCAACAAACCCAGCCCUGUUCAAAGAUAGAUAAGUCUAAAACAGAGAAGCCCUGGAUAUUAAAUAUUAACACAUAAACUCAUUUAUCUUGUUUUUUUUAUCUACUUUAAAACAAACAUUCACAUGGGUUUUGCGCUAAACAUUUUUCCUGGCACAAAGCACUUUUUUGCCAAGCUAAACUUUUUAGCUGCUGCUACUUGAAAACUAAAUGGUUGUGGCGUAUUCUUAUACACAUUCAAAACAAUUACAAGUAGAAUCAUUUGUUGAGAUUUCCCAUGAUGAGUGUGUAUAUGUUUCCUCAUUCCUUUCCUCUUCUUCCUUUUAUUUCAGUACCAGCUCAACGGUCAGAUGUCCCGAAUGGAGCCUUGUUUGAUGGGCAGCACUCCUCGGUUGCACCCUACACCUGUCGCCCCCCGGUGGCCUGAUGUGUCGCCAACUAACAGCUGUUACACCAGCCCACCUAUGCAUUCAUCUCGCUAUGCCACCUCUGGAGACAUGUACUCUCCUCUGGGCCCACGCAGGAACUCGGAGUACGAACACUCGCAGCAUUUCCCCGGCUUUGCCUACAUCAACGGAGAGGCCACCACCGGCUGGGCCAAAUAACUCAAGGCCCUCCUGCCAAACUGGUGGUUGCAAACACUUCCAAUCAUGUAUUUCAAAAAAGGAGGAGCAGAUAGCUGAGCGUACCAAUGCAAGUAUUAGGAAUCACGGUGAGGGUGUGCUGACAAUUUGAAAAUACCAAGAUGAUUGUUGUGUAAUCUGUGCAGAUGUUUAGUGAAAUUUCGACAACAAUCGAUGUUUUUGCUCACUGCCUGGUGGAAACUAUCACUUCAAAUCAUGUAGAUUGUUUAAACUCGCAGCAAAAUCAUAAAAGUGCAAUGCUGCUGCCAAACUGUGCCUUUGUUUUAAGGAAUGUACUCCUUUGCCAGUUUCCCUCAUCAGUCUCUUAUGUCAGUGCACACAUUAUUCCACCAGCCCUCAGUCUGUUUACGACUGCAGGAUCAGAGUGCUGUUAGCCGCCACUGACUUUCACACCAUCUCAGUGGCACGACUGUCUCCUCCUGUCGCUUCACACUGUGCAGCUUCUUGUCGUGUGCUCUUCACAGCAGAUGUGUUUGCUGCAGGAUGUGGAUGAGCUGGACUGCCUUAACUUUCUUUUUGGACACCAGUUACACACUGUGGCACAAAGCCAAAACAUCACAGACUCGUGGAAGUCCCUGAGCGCUGUGUUAAGGUGUCUUUAUCUCGGAUAGAUUUUUUUAUUGAUUAAAUGCUGUGACUCAAAAAAAAAAAACUUGUGUGCGAUAUACGUAUAUAUAAAUAUAGUAUGUAUUUUCUGUAACUUUGUAACAUGGUGUAUCCUUUAUUUUCUAUGUUACAAUUGGUACUUUGUUCUCUGUUUUCUAUGGAUAGCAAAAGACGCAUUAACCUAGGGUUGCGUGUUUUAUAAUGCACUCAAAGCUACUGAGGACCUAUUACCCUAUGGGUAUUUAUAAAAAAGGGAAAAUAUCAAAGUGUACAGUAACAUGAAGUCUAGUCACUUUUCUGUAAAUAAAAGCACUGGAAACUGUCUGUGGUAAAUGUUAAACUAUCACAGUGGAAACUGAUGUGUAUGUGGGUAAAAAAUUGCCACAUAAAUAAUUUCACAUUUUAAAAAAAGUGA